ACUUCAUUAGUGAUUCAGUGUGUUCUCCUCCUUGGUUCCCCUUCUCUCUUGGUGAUCCUGGGUAUAGAAAUUUUGCAAACUUUUAAAAACCCUAAUUUGCAUUGUUUAAUUUUGAUUAAUUGUGAUUAAGCGAGAGAGAGGAAGAGAAUUGUUUUCAAGAUGCCACAAGUGAAGAUUAUUGCGAAGAAUUUCAUGGACAUGGUAGCGGCUCUACCUGCUUUAAAACUUGAUAAGCUUUAUGAUAAUACCUUCAUCUGCGAAGCUGUUUUGAGGUCUUUGCCCCCUUUGGCCAAGAAAUAUGUUCUACAACUGUUAUACAUUGACGAGCCAGUGACAGCCAAAUCAAUGGAGGACUGGGUUUUAACAGAUGGGGUUUCAAAGCAUAGAGUGGCUAUUGAUCGGUUGAUACAAUUAAGGGUAUUUCUUGAGAUUACAGACAGGAAAAAGGAAACCAGUUACAGAGUGAAUCCCAAGUUUCAGGGUAAUCUUCAGAAUUAUAUAGCGCAUGGUGGAGUUUUACCAAGGGAAUCAAUGUCAUCGAGCAUCACCGUCAGGCUCCCAACUGCGGAGGAGUUAGAUUCUUAUGCACUUGAGCAAUGGGAGAGCUUCUUACUUCAACUUAUAAGCUCGGGCCAAGCAGAAAAGAAGACAAGCUUUAGCCCUUCCAUGAUGACAAUCUUCCAGAAAGGUCUUUUGAGUCUAAGAGAAAAAGAAGCUCCAAAAUUAACUGAAAGUGGGUUUCAGUUCCUGCUGAUGGAUACAAAUGCACAACUUUGGUACAUAAUUAGGGAAUAUAUUAUCAACUCUGAGGUUCGUGGAGUGGAUUCAGCAGAUUUGAUUUCUUUUCUUUUAGAGCUCAGUUUCCAUGCCACGGGCCAGGCGUAUAAUAUGAACACCUUGAAUCCGACACAGAGGAGUGCUAUCAAGGAUCUUGCAGACCUUGGACUAAUCAAACUUCAGCAGGGUAGGAAAGAGGAUUGGUUCAUUCCGACUAAGUUGGCUACAAAUCUUUCUGUGAGUUUGUCUGAUUCUUCAUCACGCAAGCAGGGGUUCGUAGUGGUGGAAACAAACUUUCGGUUGUAUGCUUACUCUGCUUCUAAACUGCAUUGUGAGAUUCUGCGCCUGUUUGCGAGAGUCGAGUAUCAGCUUCCCAACCUUAUUGUUGGAGCAAUAACAAAGGAAAGUCUGUACACUGCUUUUGAGAAUGGCAUUACAUCUGAGCAGAUUAUUUCUUUUCUCCAGCAGAAUGCACAUCCUCGUGUAUGUGAUAGAGCAGCACCAGCUGUACCAGAAAAUGUUACCGAUCAGAUUAGGCUGUGGGAAAGUGAUUUGAAUAGAGUGGAGGCAACUCCUGCAAAUUUCUACGAGGAAUUCCCUUCAAAGGAUGUCUUUGAAGGUGCUUGUGACUACGCAAGAGAUAAUGGUGGAUUAUUAUGGGAAGAUUCGAAGAGGAUGCGAUUAGUUGUCAAAGCAGAGAUACAUACUCUGAUGCGAGACUAUCUACACCGCCAAAAGUAGUAACAGAGUUUUGAUGUAAACGAACAGAAACUAUGAUAUUCACUGUAGUGAUAUAUUUUUGGUUCACAUCAAAGAGAAUUUUGUGAUUA